UCCAAGCAGAGAAAUGGAAGAAGCGAAGUGGUACUACAUAUUAGAAGAGUUACUUCAGUGUUCUGUAUGUUUGGAGAUACCAAAGACUUUGAUUGUGCAGUGCAUAAUAGGGCAUCAUAUUUGCACUUUUUGUAGAAAAACUUUGAAUAUUUGUCCUAUGUGCAAACAAGAAUUUGUACAAACAAGAAAUUUUGUUGCGGAAGAUUUAGUUAUUAAACUAAAUGACAUAAAGCUCUCUAUAGAACAGGAAAUAGAAACUGUAAAGCAAACAUUUGAUAAAACUAAAAACACUAAGAUAUAG